AUGGGAUCCUCUAAGAAUGACAAGACUGAAGCGGUUAAGCUCGCUAUAGUUCCGCUUCCUAAGGGCACUGUCCUGCUUCCUGGGGUCACCGCGCGGCUUCCGGUCCCCAAUCGCCCGGACCUCUCCAACCUGCUGUCGUCGCUGCUGGAUCAAGCGUCCAAGGGCCAGCGACAUGAGAAUAGCAUCUCUUUCGGAUGCGUUCCGCUUGGUUCACCGUAUCUGAGCAAGGAUUCUCAAAACUUCAUUGACGAUGAGAACUUGGAUGAGGAUAAGAAGGAGGAAUAUGAGGCUGUUGACGCUGGUCAGGCGAGGAAGGAAGAUCUCUUUCAUUAUGGCACCGUUGGCAAGGUGGUUGGGCUUCAGCGUCGUGUGUACGGAGAGCCGUCUCUGCUUAUCCAGGGUGUUCAGCGUUUUAGCAUUGAGCGGUGGCUGAAAGAGAGGCCAUUCUUCGAAGCGGAAGUCAUCCUUCACGAAGAAAAAGACCCUGGAAUCAGUGACUCUGACACGGUGGAAUCAUUCCAACAAUUAAAACGACUCUCGCGAGAGCUUCUCACCCUCCUACGGUUUUCGUCGCUAAUACCUUCGCAAUCUCCACGUCUAUCGCCAAUUGUCGCGCGUAAAUUCGAGUUCCUUAUUUCCAAGUCCGAUUUGCCACACGCAUCCAGACUGGCUGACUUCCUGACGGAUGUUUCUGACUCAAGCGUUGAGGAGAAACUCCGGAUCUUGGCUUCAUUGGAUCUGCCCACUAGACUGGGAAGAGUGGUCGAGAUUCUCGAUAGACAGGUCCAGAAUAUCAGGAACAAUGUCAAGACCACCCAUCUUACUUCAUCAUCGUUGACCCCAAGCCCUGCAAUCGACAUCAGCCAGAUUGACCCGCGUGAUCGCGAGCUCUUGGCUAGGCGGGCAAUGGCUGGCCUCACCGGUCUAUCGCCCCCGGGGCCUCUUAGCAGACGCAACAACAAUGAUGACGAUGACAAAGAAUUGAACGAGGUCGAUGAGCUCCAGCAGAAACUUGACGAGGCACAGCUUAGCGCCGAAGCCAAAAAGGUUGCGGAUAAAGAAAUUAAACGUCUACGUAAAAUGAACCCUGCUAAUGCGGAAUACGGCGUUUGUCGGUCCUAUCUGGAAAACCUCGCUGAGAUUCCGUGGUCAAAGUUCACUGAAGACCGGCUUGGCCCUGACACUUUGACGAAAGCGAGAAAGCAAUUAGACGAUGACCACUACGGGCUGGAGAAGAUCAAGAAGAGGCUGCUUGAAUACCUGGCUGUGCUCAGGUUGAAACAGACGACUAAUCAGGACGUCGAACAACAAAUUUCUACGUUGACCAAAGACCUUGACAGUUCAGACGAGGACAUUGAAAAGGAUGUCCCGCUCCUGUCUGAGGCUGACAGGGUCUCGAUUGAGUCUAAACUGGAGCUUCUGCAAUCUAGGCGGAUGACAGACAAGUCUCCGAUCUUGUUGCUUGUUGGUCCGCCAGGAACUGGCAAGACCAGCUUGGCAAGGUCUGUGGCGGCUUCGCUCAACCGUAAAUUUCACCGAAUUUCGCUGGGUGGUGUCCGAGACGAGGCUGAGAUCCGCGGCCACCGGAGAACAUAUGUCGCAGCAAUGCCUGGCCUGGUAGUCAAUGGCCUCAAGAAGGCCGGUGUAAACAACCCAGUAUUCUUGUUGGAUGAGAUUGACAAGGUUGGCGGUGCCAAUUUCCAAGGCGACCCAUCUGCGGCAAUGCUCGAAGUCCUCGACCCUGAGCAAAACCAUACAUUCAGCGAUCAUUAUAUUAGCAUUCCGAUUGACCUGAGCAAGGUCUUGUUUAUUGCAACGGCCAAUUCUCUUGAUACUAUCCCCGCGCCGCUGCUUGACCGUAUGGAAACCAUCGCGUUGUCCGGAUACACCACCGUUGAGAAGAGACACAUUGCCAGGCGACACCUUUUGCCCAAGCAAAUUCGGGCGAACGGUUUGUCGGAUGGACAGGUUGAACUUUCUGAUGACGUCCUUGACAAGACUAUCACAUCCUAUACCCGCGAGUCGGGAGUUCGCAACCUUGAGCGUGAACUUGGUGCCAUCUGUCGUCACAAGGCCGUUCAGUUUGCGGACGCCGGAGACACUGGCAAGCCAGAGACCUACAACCCAGUUGUCACGGUUGACGACCUGGAGGAGAUUCUUGGUGUUGAGCGAUUUGAAGAGGAAAUAACUGAGAAGCAUGGUCGUCCCGGUGUGGUAACUGGUCUUGUCGCGUACUCCACUGGCGGUCAGGGCAGCAUCUUGUUCAUUGAAGUUGCGGAUAUGCCAGGCAACGGACGCGUCCAACUGACUGGAAAACUUGGUGAUGUGCUCAAGGAGAGCGUAGAAGUGGCUCUCACCUGGGUCAAGGCACACUCAUUCGAGCUUGGGUUGACCCACGACCCCAAUGAGGAUAUUAUGAAGAGCCGCAGCAUCCACGUGCACUGUCCCUCCGGUGCUAUCCCCAAGGAUGGACCUUCUGCUGGACUCGCGCAUACGAUUGGCUUGAUUUCUCUUUUUGCCGGCAAAGCCGUGCCUCCGCAGCUUGCCAUGACCGGUGAGGUUUCUCUACGUGGUAGAGUGAUGCCUGUUGGUGGCAUUAAGGAGAAGCUCAUUGGUGCAUUGCGCGCUGGCGUCAAGACUGUCCUCCUUCCCCAUCACAACCGGAAGGAUGUCAAGGAUGUGCCUCAGGAGGUCAUCGAUGGUAUCCAGAUCAUCUAUGUCAAGCAUAUCUGGGAAGCUAUCCGACAGGUGUGGCCUGACUCCCAUUGGGGACAGCAGCAAGUGAACUUCGUAGAGAGCCGUCUGUGA